AUGCGCGCGCUCGCGACGCCGCUCGCGCGCGCGGCGGCGUUUGGGACGCCCUCGUCGCGUCGCCGCGGGCGCGACGCGCGACGCCAUCGCGCGUCGGCGACGACGCGCGAUGGCGCGAGCGCGAGCGCGUCGCCGCGGGACGAGCGACCCGCGGUGUUCGUCGAGCGCGUCGAGAUCGAAGCCGACGCCGACGGCGAGGAGACGAACCCCGUCGCCGUCGCGUGCGCCGAGCUGCGCGCGCAAAACUUCUACGUUUACGACCCGCUCGCGGCGUCCUCCGACGGGUCCAUCUUAUUCGGCGAGGCGGCCGCGCGAGCGAAGACGCGGUGGAGAGAAAAACGCGCGAAGAUCGAGGCGCGGCGGAUGCGUCAGGUGCGUUCUAUACACUGGUCCCCAUACGACCGCGUUCGCGUGGUGAACGCCGAUCCUUAA